AUGACUCGCCAUGAUACUUUGAAAUGCAUCCACGAACCGCUCGGUGAUGCCUUUUACUACGGACCUGAAAGACUUAGUCGCAGAUAUGAUGACGACGAGGAAGCCAGGAUUCAAACCGGCUUCGACCAGUCAACGUACAAGACUAUUUUUGACCGCUUUGACAGAGAAGCAUCUGAGGGGAAACGACUCUUCAUCAAGGAUAUGGCAUACUACAUCAUGCCACCUGACGGAGAACCAGCAACGCGAGUAGCCUCGCUUCAGAUACCAAAACGUGGAAUCGGUACGGAUAUGAAUGGCAACGGCAGCUCCUCUAACGGUGUGGCAUCGAAUGGAGCCGGAGUCCUGCCCACUGACACGCCACACCGUACAAACGGGGGCUCUUCAAGCGCGGAAUCUGAUAACCCAACCGUUGUCCCGCUGGAGUUGCUCUCGAAAUUUCACUUCGCCUUCUUGAUUCGUGAUCCACAUUACAGUAUCCCAUCGUACUACCGCUGCACAAUCCCACCACUGGAUGAUAUCACGGGGUUCUAUGAGUUCUAUGAGAACGAAUCUGGAUAUGACGAAUUACGCCGGCUGUUUGACUACCUCCGUAAAGUACAGUAUGUCGGCCCAUACCAUGCGUCUACAGUCCAUACUGCCCCUGCAAAUGUGACAAAUGGCACAAACGGGACCAAUGGUGCCAUGACCAACCCCGAUGGCCCAGAUAAGGUUGAAAUCUGCGUGGUCGACGCAGACGACCUCCUUGACAACCCCUCGGCCGUCAUCGAACGUUUCUGCAAGAGCGUGGGUGAGGAAUAUACACCCGACAUGCUUCAGUGGCCCACAGAGAAAGACCAGCAGGUUGCCAACGAUGCCUUUGCAAAAUGGCAUGGCUUCCAUGAUGAUGCACUUGGCUCCAAGUGCCUCCGUCCUAGAGCCCACAAGAAAGCAGCAAAGACUGAAGCCGAAUUUGACGCCGAGUGGAAGGAGAAGUAUGGCGAGAAAGGAGCGAAGAUUAUUCGCUCGGCCGUUGACCGGAACAUGGCGGAUUACCGAUACCUGAAGAAAUUUGCCACGAAGAUAUAA